AUGGACGAGCGAAAAAAGGACAGGGAUCAACCACCUACAAAGGUUGUUAUCCGACGCCUGCCACCUUCCCUCACCCCUGAAGUGUUUCUGGAGCAAGUCUCUCCACUCCCUUUUUAUGACUAUUUUUACUUUGUAAAAGCUGACAUGAGUCUUGGAUCUAAUGCCUUCACUCGUGCUUACAUUAAUUUCCCCUGUCCUGAUGAUAUUUACACUUUUAAAGAUAAAUUUGAUGAUUAUGUUUUUGUUGAUAAGAAAGGCAAUGAGUAUUCAGCUGUAGUAGAAUUUGCUCCUUUUCAGAAAGUUCCCAAGAAGAAGAUGAGAAAAGCAGACACAAAGAAGGGAACCAUUGAGCAAGAUAGUGAAUACCAGAAGUUUUUAGAAAUAUUGAAGAACCCAGAAACUGAACCAACAAUUCCUAUUGAAGCUUAUUUGGAAGAACUGGAGAACAAGAAAAAGGAGCUUAAAGCCAACCAUGGUGUUCCUAAAAUGACAACACCGUUAAUUGAAUACAUCCGAAGAAAGAAAGAAGAAAAGAAAGCCAAUAUCCAAAGACAACGAGAGGACAGGAAAAAGCGAGAGCAUGAACGCAAAAAGGCUCGAGAGGAAGAAAAACGAAGACGAAAGGAAAAAGAAAAGGAGAAACGUGAAGAGAAAAAGCAGAAAGAAAAAGAGUUGCUACCUAAAAAAGAUGACCAACCAAUCAAGUUCCAGAUAAAUAGACCUCACAAAUUGGGAUAUCACAGUGUGCAGAAAAGGACUCUUUAUGGACAUUUUCAGAGUAGACACACUGGCGCUUCUGCUCACAAGGAAAUUCAGCUUUUGAAAAACCCUGAGCGAGAACAGGAGAAGCAGAAAGAGGAGUGUGAUUUGGGACGAAUAAAAGAUGAACCAGAAAAGCCAAUUAAAGAACGGGAAAAGCUACGUUUCUCAAAAGAGAACCGUGAGAAAUUUAACAAACUCGAUCGACAAGGACAGGAGAGGCUAAAACCUGGACGUGAAGGGAGGUUUGCUGACCGUUCAAAAUACUCCAAAGAUGAUCGUGCUUGCGAUAAGUCAGAAAAAUUCAAAUCUAAUAAAGAUGAUCGAUCUGGUGACAAAAAAAACAGAGAUGACAAGCCUGAUCGGCAAAAACAUUUGGCUGGCAAGUACAAUCGAGAAGAUAGAAGUAAAUGUUACCAAAGUGUUAACAAUAACAACAGCAACAAUUGUCGUGAAGAUAAAAAAACGAGGCAUGACAAACAGAGCAAGCAUGAUCGAACAGACAAAUUUGACCGUCCAGAGAAACAGGAUAAAUAUGACCGUAUGGAUAGGCAGGACAAGUUUGACCGUUCUGACAAACAAGAUCGUCUUGAACGGUUAGAAAGACAUGAACGCUCAGAAAAACAAGAUAAUGAUGAUUUUGAAAGGUCUGUGCAUGAGAAGAAAAGCAACAAAGCUGAUAAACUUGACAAAGCAAAGAUUUGCAGUAACCACAACUUCCUAGUGGAAGUCUGCUGCUCCUACUCUUCGUCAGAGAGUGGUGGUCUUGAGCUCACUCCCGGCCAGCUUGGUGCUGCUGUUGCUGAAGGUGCUCAGAACCAGGGCUACCACUUUGGUGGUGAUGCCCCUAGGGAACAGCCCGCCAAUAAAUGGGAGCCCAAAACAAGAAUCUAUUCUGGAAAGCCAGAAAGGCAAGACAACAGGAAAAGGAAGGUAAUUCUCUAA